CAGUAUAAAUCGUCAGCUGUCUCACACCGUAGCACAAACGCAUCACUCCGUCCUACCCAUCACUAGCUAGCUAGAGUCGACCAAAGAAGAUGGCAUCUUCUCGCGCCCUCCUUCUGGCGCUCCUGCUCCUUCUCGCCGCCGCCACGGCGUCGGCCGCAGGUGCACGUCCUGCAACCACUACGACGGCGGCGACAUUUGUCCGGUUCGCUCCGGCGGCGAGCCUGGCGGAGCGUCUGGAGGGCGAUGGCCCGCAGCAGUGCUGGGAGUCGCUGAUGGACAUCAAGUCGUGCACGGGGGAGAUCAUCCUCUUCUUCCUCAACGGCGAGGCGUACCUGGGCCCCGGGUGCUGCCGCGCCAUCCGCGUCAUCGAGCAGAGCUGCUGGGCCGCCGACGCCAUGCUGACCGUCAUCGGGUUCACCCCGGAGGAGGGGGACAUGCUCAAGGGGUACUGCGACGCCGGCGACGACGACGACACCGGAGGCGACGGGCACCACCACAGCAUCGGCGGAUCGUCGGCCCCGCCUCCCAGCGGCGGUCUGGACGACGUUGCCAGCGACGUCACCGUGGCCGCAGCGGCGGGAAGGAAGGGGCGCCUUGGUGCGCAGCUAGAUGGUUAAUGAUCACGGUGCAGUCGUUGUGCAAGUGUGUGUCCACGACCACGUAGGUUCUUGCUAGUCCUGAACUUCUGAUGAUAUGCUUGCAAAGCUGGGACGCAAACUGUUUACGAGU